ACUUAAGCCUCCUGGGCGCGCGUAUUGGUUCCGCCAUGGCUCUGAGGCGCGUCUUCCUGCUGCGCUCGGCGGCACCACGUGUUGCCGGUCUCUCAACAGAGCCGCAGGCCGGUGAGCAGCCCGCCGCGAGCCCAGGGGCUGUGCGGGCAUGGGGAGCUGCCGAGGCUUUGCGGCGGCCUGUGCCAGUCGUCGACUUCAGCAACACGCAAGAGGCGUACCGCUGUCGGAGGAGCUGGGAGCUGGUGCGCAACCUGCUAGUGCUGCGCCUGUGUGCGUCGCCGAUGCUUCUGGCGCACCACGAACAGUUGUUCCAUGUUUCCAGGAAGCUUCUGGGACAGAGGAUCUUUGACAGACUGAUGAAGAUGACUGUCUAUGGCCAUUUUGUGGCUGGUGAGGACCAGGAGUCUAUCAGGCCUCUGAUUCAGCACAACAAAGCCUUUGGUGUUGGCUCCAUACUGGACUAUGGAGUGGAGGAAGAUCUGAGCCCUGAGGAGGCGGAGCGCAAGGAGAUGGAGUCAUGCACUUCUGAAGCAGAGAGAGACAGCAGUGGCACAAAUAAGAGGGAGAAGCAAUAUCAGGUCCACCCUGCCUUUGGGGACCGCAGAGAUGGUGUCAUCUGUGCCCGCACCUACUUCUAUGCCAAUGAAGCCAAGUGUGACAACUACAUGGAGAAUUUACUGCAAACCAUCGAGGCCUCAGGUGGAGCCAGUGACGGUGGUUUCUCGGCCAUUAAGCUCACUGCACUGGGGAGACCGCAGUUUCUGCUGCAGUUCUCAGAUGUGCUGACCAGGUGGAGACGGUUCUUUCACCAAAUGGCUGCAGAGCAGGGACAGUCUGGCCGUGCUGCUGUCGACACGAAGCUGGAGGUGGUGGUGCUCCAGGAAAGCAUCGCAAAGAUGGGCAUUGCAUCCAGGGCUGAGAUCAAGGAGUGGUUCACACCAGAGACGCUGGGAGUGUCUGGCACUGUGGACUUGCUGGACUGGAACAGCCUCAUUGACAGCAGGACCCAGCUCUCCAGGCACCUGGUGGUCCCCAAUGUGCAGACAGGCCAGCUAGAGCCCCUGCUGUCACGGUUCACUGAGGAGGAGGAGCAGCAGAUGAAAAGGAUGCUGCAGAGGAUGGAUGUGCUGGCCAAGAAAGCCAGAGAGUCGGGAGUGCGGCUGAUGGUAGAUGCUGAGCAGAGCUACUUCCAGCCGGCCAUCAGUCGCCUGACCCUGGAGAUGCAGCGCAGGUUCAACGUGGAUAAGCCGCUCAUCUUCAACACAUUCCAGUGCUACCUCAAGGAUGCCUAUGACAAUGUGACCAUGGAUAUGGAACUGGCUCGCCGUGAGGGCUGGUGUUUUGGGGCCAAGCUGGUACGUGGUGCAUACAUGGCCCAAGAGCGUGCCAGGGCUGUGGAGAUCGGCUAUGAGGACCCCAUCAACCCUACAUAUGAGGCCACCAAUGCCAUGUACCACAGCACAGUCGCCAGGACCCGACACCCAAGGGUAUGUUCAGGCCCCAUGGCCUUUUCUGGGUAUCGUACUGGACUCAUCUGCCCUCCUGCUGUAAGCAUGUGUAGUCAUAGGGCACAGCUGGGGUCUGUUCCUAGAAACUGACCUCAGGGAUACCCACCCUACCUGAGGCCUUCACGAGUGUGCUAUAGGGCCCCUGCCCAGAAGCCAAGCCAGAGUUCAGCCUUGGUAGGAUCCUUAUUGGACCUUUCUUUUCAGAGCACUACUGCUGGGGAGAUGUGAUCUAAUGAUUCCCUGGACAGAACACCAAGCACGGAUUGGUACCAUCCAAAUCUAGUGUGGUUAACCAAUGGAAUGUAUGGGCGGUACAUGACUGAGGUGACUCGCACGCAGUGGCAUCAGUGAAAAGCUCACCCCAGCAGAGAGGACAAUAGAAGCUGCAUCCCUGGACCUCCCUAACCAACCUGCAGGCAGCUCCACGGAGUCUCUGUGCCCAGCAGCUGCUUAGGCUUACUGCUUUUAUGCUUUUCCAACCGUAGGAGGGGCUUGUCAAUCUAACUGUGGGUUUCCUGCACUGGGGCAGUGAGUUCCUAUGCAAAUGUCCUUAUCUUCUUGAAUCUUAGGAGCCUCUCUCCUUCAGGCAGGAAGGUUUCACAAUCACUGGCUAGGGAGGCCCUCCUUUCUGAGGCUCUGGCCCUGGCCACAGCUGCAACCAUGGCCUGCAGAGCCAUGAGGAGGUUCAGGUGGUGGUUGACCUGGAGCCAAGCUUAGGUGGGACUGUCCCUAUCCCAGGUGCCUGAACUACGUUCUGGAGGAGCUGAAGCGCAGGCCCAGGGCAGAGGUGAUGGUGGCUUCC